AUGAAGGCAGCGGAUCUGGUGUGGUGGUGGGAGAAUGCAGCGGAGGGGGCGACAGAGGGUGGCAGAUCUGGUAGUGGUGGGGGAAGGCAACGGGGGCGGAUCUGGUGUGGUGGUGGGGGAAGGCAGCGGAGGGGGCGACAGAGGGUGGUGGAUCUGGUGGUGGUGGAGGAAGGCAACGGCAGCGGAUCUGGUGUGGUGGUGGGGGAAGGCAGCGGAGGGGGCGACAGAGGGUGGCGGAUCUGGUGGUGGUGGGGGAAGGCAAAUGCGGCAGAUCUGGUGUGGUGGUGGGGGAAGGCAGCGGAGGGGGCGACAGAGGGUGGCAAAUCUGGUGAUGGUAGUGGAGAAGGGCGGCAGGCGGCGGCAGAGGGCGACGGCAAAGGCGGGUACUCUUUUUCCUCACAUCUGAAGUUUUAA